GCCCUUGAACUGCAGACGCUCGGGAGCUGCCGGGGCCGGGUUCGUGCGGUGCAGCUUCAGGUUCUCGCCCCAAGGAUGUGGUCGCUCGUGCCAUUGUGGCUGGCGCUGUCCGGAGCGGUGGCCUCCCUGCGGUGCCCCGAUGGGCGGCUGUGCCAGGGGCUUGACGUCUGCUGCCGGGAUCCCGGAGGGGAUGGCUACGCCUGCUGCCCCCCGUCUCUGGGCUCCCUGCCCUCCCUGCCUAUGACCCAGGCCAGCAGCGUGGCCAAGCCUGCUGGGCCCAUGUGCCCCGAUGGGACCCAGUGCCCCGCGGAAUACAGCUGCCUGCGCACGUCGGCCGGCUCCUUCAGCUGCUGCCCAUUGUCGGAGGCCGUCGCCUGCGCCGACGGGCAUCACUGCUGCCCCCGGGGCUCCCACUGCAGUGCCAACGGCAAAUCCUGCUUUGUGCUCCCAGGUCUCCCAGCCGCUGGUGCUGUCCAGUGCCCUGAUGGCGAAUCAGAGUGUCCCAAUGAGUCCACCUGCUGCAUGAUGCCCACUGGCUCCUGGGGGUGCUGCCCCAUGCCACAGGCCGCCUGCUGCGCGGACAAAGUGCACUGCUGCCCCCAUGCCACCACCUGUGACCUGGAACAUGCCCGCUGCCUCUCAGCCGCUGGGGAGCAGCCCCUGGGCAGCAAGGUGCCGGCCCAGAAGCGAGCGCCGUGGCAGGGAGUGCCAGUCUCGCUCGGCGCAAUCACCUGCCCUGACCACCGGUCAGCGUGUCCGGACGGCACCACAUGCUGCCAGCUGCCCACCAGCCAGUACGGCUGCUGCCCACUGCAGAACGCCGUGUGCUGCAGCGAUCACCUGCACUGCUGCCCCCAGGGCACCACCUGCGACCUGCCCCACUCGAAAUGUGCCUCGACACUGGGCCAGACGCAGCCUCUCACCCAGCUCCUGGACACCGCCGAGAGAGCUCGAGAGGUUCCCUGCGACGAGCAGACCAGCUGUCCUGACGGCAACACCUGCUGCCGGCUGUCCACGGGGGCCUGGGGCUGCUGCCCCCUGGUGGAGGCCGUGUGCUGCGAGGACCACGUCCAUUGCUGCCCCAAGGGACACACGUGCGACCCGGCGGGGGGCCACUGCCAGCCGCCCGCCGCCCCCAUUCCCUGGCUGCAGAAAACCCCAGCACGAGUGCGAGCGCCCUCUACUGGCCGAGACGUGCAGUGCGACGAGCAGACCAGCUGUCCUGAAGGCAACACCUGCUGCCGGCUGGACACAGGGGCCUGGGGCUGCUGCCCCCUGGUGGAGGCCGUGUGCUGCGAGGACCACGUCCAUUGCUGCCCCAAGGGACACACGUGCGACCCGGCGGGGGGCCACUGCCAGCCGCCCGCCGCCCCCAUUCCCUGGCUGCAGAAAACCCCAGCACGAGUGCGAGCGCCCUCUACUGGCCGAGACGUGCAGUGCGACGAGCAGACCAGCUGUCCUGAAGGCAACACCUGCUGCCGGCUGGACACAGGGGCCUGGGGCUGCUGCCCCCUGGUGGAGGCCGUGUGCUGCGAGGACCACGUCCAUUGCUGCCCCAAGGGACACACGUGCGACCCGGCGGGGGGCCACUGCCAGCCGCCCGCCGCCCCCAUUCCCUGGCUGGAGAAAACCCCAGCACGAGUGCGAGCGCCCUCUACUGGCCGAGACGUGCAGUGCGACGAGCAGACCAGCUGUCCUGACGGCAACACCUGCUGCCGGCUGGACACAGGGGCCUGGGGCUGCUGCCCCCUGGUGGAGGCCGUGUGCUGCGAGGACCACGUCCAUUGCUGCCCCAAGGGACACACGUGCGACCCGGCGGGGGGCCACUGCCAGCCGCCCGCCGCCCCCAUUCCCUGGCUGGAGAAAACCCCAGCACGAGUGCGAGCGCCCUCUACUGGCCGAGACGUGCAGUGCGACGAGCAGACCAGCUGUCCUGACGGCAACACCUGCUGCCGGCUGGACACAGGGGCCUGGGGCUGCUGCCCCCUGGUGGAGGCUGUGUGCUGCCAGGACCACGUCCAUUGCUGCCCCAAGGGAUACACGUGCGACCCGGCGGGGGAGUGCCAGCAGGCUCUGCUCUCUGUGCCCUGGGCACCCAAGGCUCCAGCUCACAUUAUUGCCGCCGCCCAGAGCCGAGGCGUGAAGUGCAACCAGACGGUCAGCUGCGAGGAUGGGCAGACCUGCUGCAAGAGCGGGAUGGGCUCCUGGGCCUGCUGCCAUCUGCCAAAUGCUGUGUGCUGUGAGGAUCACCAGCACUGCUGCCCAUGGGGCUACACCUGCAACCUGGCCACACAGAGCUGUGAGAAGCACCAGGCCGGGCAAGUGCUGCCCGUGGACCUGAGCCUCUCUGCCUCCCUGCUGCCUGCCAGCCCGGAGCCCAGCAACGACGUGACCUGCGACGCCCAGCACUACUGCCAUGCCCACCAGACCUGCUGCAAGGCUGUCUCGGGCGCCUGGGCUUGCUGCCCCUACCACUGGGGCUCCUGUUGCUCCGACAUGCGCCACUGCUGCCCCUUUGGCUACCGCUGCUCCAAGUCGGGCCUCGACUGCAAGCGGCGCUGGCUCCUGCGUUGGGACGCCGGCGCCGCCCGGCCCCACCGCCUGCUGUGAGGUGGCUGUGCCCACAGUGAGGGGGCAGUGGGGAUUGCUCUGGCCCCUCAGUCUGUCUCACUUCCAGCCUCAGGGCCCUAUUCUCUGGCUGCCCCAGGGCAUACAGGCCCUAUUCGCUGCAGGACCUGUCCCACCCAGCCCCCCUGGAGCUAAGUACGUGGGGCUGAGCCCCCCCCCCCGCCGUGAGAGUUUAACCCCGGACACAGCAGUGGGGGUGCACGCAUUCGGGUGCUUCGUCCUCUGCUCCCCUUGCUACUGCCACCCCCAAAGGUCCCGCGGGCACCAGGAGUGGCCCUUUCCUGCUGGAGGCCUGAAGGUUAAGGGUCCCCCCUGCCCCUACUCUAGGCUCUUCUGUUGCCGGGGCCUUGAAGCUGGGCUGGGCUGGGCCAGGCCCUGCUUCCCCACCACCUGGGAGCCAGGUGCCUGCGCUAGGGCCAGGGAAGCUGGGCUGCUUUGCUUUCUACACUCCUGGGGGCAUCUGUAUCUCCCUACAUUUCUCCUGGGCACUCAGGCCCCUCCCUGCGUCCUGGAUGGGGCAGGCAGCGGGGCGGGGGGAGGGCACUGCAGCAUCUGGCUCCUGGCGCCCUACCUCAGUCCCUGAAUGUGCAUUGCCCUGAGCUCGUGCCUGCAUUGUCCGCUGGGCACUAUGCAGGAGCAUGUCCUUAUUCUAGCCCCCCUGUUCUAGGGGUCUCGGCAAUGCCCAGCUGCUGCCCCCCUCACAGCUGCCCCCAGGGCUGGACUGGCACCAGGCCCUCUGGUCACCAGCUCCCUUGCCUCUAAGCGUGCCCCACCUGUGGCUGGAGCCUGGGCCGGGAAUUGGGGGCCUGGUGCCAUUAGGGCUGAAGUGGCUGGAAGAGCGUGAGAACCAAUAAAGGGUGUGGAGGAAGGUGC